AUGCAUCUAAUCAACACCAAAGUGGUUCAACCUUCACAAGACUUUCAAGUUCGCACAGGUGAUCCAUUUUAUGUGGAUGGGUAUCCUAUAGUCUCUGAAUUGGACUGUGAAGAAGUAAUUCAGAACUGCUUGGAACGACUCAAAGGAGAAGGAUAUGUGGUCACUAGGGAAAUGGUGCCAAAGGAGCCAACUGUCAGUAUGUACAAUCCUAGGAAGAGGAAGUCCAAAAGAAAGGCUAAAGCUCAGGAAGAACAAGUUCAGCCAGAUCUUCUGACUCAGAAGAAGAUCAAAGUGGAACAAGCUGCUGCUGAACAGAGGACUAAACAGAAGCAUGAGGCUCCUACUAAGAAGGUUGCUGAAGAGUCUUCUAGAGCUCCUAAAAGGAAACUAAAGCUGGAUGAUGAUGAAGCUGACUCAGAAGAGACACACUCUGAUGAGGAAACUCUUGCUGAUAGGCUCCGGAAGAAACAAGUUCCUGUCUCUAAAGGUAAAACUCCUAAGAUCUCUUUCAAUGAAGCUGAAAUUGGAUUAGGUUUUACAAAACCCCUUAGAACCAUUCACCCUGACCCCAUUAAUAUUUCAUACUCAGAAGAACAAAGUUGUUCAACUGAUGAGCUGAUCAAAGAAGGUAAGAAAAGUCUUUCAAAACUUACCUCCUCUGAUAAGUCUCAGCAGAAUGACAAACAAGUUCUUUCUGAGGAUCCUAUAACUGAACUAGAAAAACAUCUGAGCCCAGAUACUCUGAACAAUCAUCCAUUCUCUCACGAAACUACCAAACCCAAAUCACCUACCAAAUCCAAAUCACCACAAAAUCAACCACAACAAGAAACAUCUGCCAAACAAACAUCUGAUCCACAACAAGAUAAAACACUUGAACCCAUACACUCUCCCACCAAACAACCUAAACAAACCUCUCCUACCAAAUCUCAUGAACCAACUUCUGAACCCGUAAACUCUGAACUAAUUUCUGAACCUAACCCAACCCCAAGUGCUGAACAUAUAUCUCCUGAAUGUGUUCACACCUGUGCUCCUUGUCCCUCAGAAGUAGAUGUUGUUGAUAAUACCAACUCUGCUCCUGAAUCAUCCAAGCCUUACACAAUUCCUUAUACCUACCCCACAUCAUCUGACCCUUUUGGAAGCCUAUCCAAUCAGUUUUAUGAUGAUCUUUUGAGUUUGUCUAAGCUUAGGAACAAGUUUUUGGUCUGUCCUACUGACGUGGAUAUUGAGGUCUCUGCUCUCAAGGCCAAGAUGUGUGACAUGCUGGAUGUGAUUGGUGAAGAAAUCAAGGAUGAGAUUGGUAAACGGGACAUGUAG